AUAAGAGAACGAUCUGAACACACUGAGCCCACUCACUGACGGGCAGGUUGACUCUGGAUCCAAACAGCGGCGUGGUAUCUGCCCACAGUGUUGUGGUGAAGACGGAAGUGAUAGGAGGACUUCCCUCUGGCCAACAAUUCAUUCCUUUUGGAAACAGUUAAAGGAAUACACCGCCGCCUGCCUAGACAUGUCUACUGCGUACAGAAACAGGAUACAGGAGUUCAAAGUAGCCUUGAGUGAAGAAAACAUAAACUUGAAGGCACUGAGGGAGCUGUGCUUCAAUGGAGUCCCAUUUGAAGGAGGCAUACGAGCGCUUUGCUGGAAAAUUCUUCUUAAUUACCUACCUCUGGAUCAGACAUUAUGGGAGUCUUUCCUCAAAAAGCAGAGGGACGUGUACUCCCAGUUCUUGAAAGAAAUGAUCAUCCAGCCUGGUAUUGCCAAAGCCAACUUGGGCCUUUCCAGAGAAGACGUGACUAUGGAGGACCACCCUCUAAAUCCAAACCCAGACAGCAGGUGGAACACCUACUUCAAAGAUAACGAAAUUCUGCUUCAGAUCGACAAGGAUGUAAGGCGGCUGUACCCAGACAUGGCGUUCUUCCAGCGUCCCACCGAAUACCCUUGCCAACUUAUCUUGGACCCUCAGAAUGAUUACGAGACGCUGCGUCGACGCGUCGAACAGACCACGCUGAAAGCACAAACUGUAAACCGCAACCGCAGUGGAGUCACCAACGUCAGCUCUCCUGGAAAGGCCUUGAACCUGUAUCCAUCUAAUGAAUACGAGGUGCUGCCCAAUGGGAGCGAGGCACACUGGGAGGUGGUGGAGCGGAUCCUCUUCAUCUACGCCAAGCUCAACCCGGGGAUUGCCUACGUACAGGGCAUGAACGAGAUCGUCGGACCCAUUUACUACACCUUUGCCACCGAUCCCAACAGUCAGUGGAAAGAGCACGCUGAGGCAGAUACGUUCUUCUGUUUCACCAACCUGAUGUCGGAGAACAGAGACAACUUCAUCAAGAGCCUGGAUGACUCUCAGUGUGGCAUCACCUACAAGAUGGAGAGUGUGUACUCCAUGCUCAAAGACAAAGACCUGGAGCUCUAUCUCAAGCUGGAAGAGCAGAACAUCAAACCCCAGUAUUUCACGUUCCGCUGGCUGACCCUGUUGUUAUCGCAGGAGUUCCUCCUUCCAGAUGUCAUCCGCAUCUGGGACACCCUGUUUUCUGACGAGGACCGAUUCCACUUCCUCAUCCUGGUCUGCUGCGCCAUGCUCAUACUCAUCAGAGAGAACUUACUGGCAGGAGACUUCACAGUGAAUAUGAGAUUACUGCAGGAUUACCCUAUCUCAGAUGUCCACACCAUCUUGACCAAGGCCAAAGAGCUGCAGGAGAACUCCUAACCUGUUUCGGGUCUUGUCCUCCUGCUUUCUCCGUCUCCUCUCAGAUGUGGUAGGUGGGAGCUCAAACAUUAGAAACAUUGUCAUGUCAAACAUGUAUCGUGUGAGGACUUGAUCAGUGAAGAGCCUGGACAGAUGUGUUGGGGGAGGGGGAGGGGACCAGCACACUGUUUUUUUUUUUUUUUUAACUUGACGUCUGAUGUUCUGUGAGUGGGGACUGCUGCGAAAACCUGGAGGACAUGCCGGAACUAGGGGCCACUCGCUUCUCUGCGCAUUAUGGGAAAAGGCCGCCUUGGUACACGGCCCCCCUGCUCCUCCUCCUCCUCCUCCUCCUCUCACAGCCACCUCUCCCACGGAAACGCGUCGCGCUCAGAUAACGGUGUUCGCACCGAACAUCCCAGGGAGAGGGAGCUUCAUUAAACCUACACUACCGGUGAUAGUUUGAGUUUAACGGAAAAUCCCACUGCGAUCAUGUAUGAAGUCAGAUUGAGCGUUUAUAAUUGGGAUGAGCAAUAGUGCAUGUUUGUUCUCUAAGGGUUUAUUAUUAUUAUUAUUAUUAUUAUUUUUUUUUUUUUUAAUUUUUAAAAUCUGAACCUUUUUAAUGUAAUAAAACAUGUAUGCCUUAGCUGUUUAAUGAUGUGAAACACGAGACAGUAUUUCUGGGUAUAUAUUCUGUCUGGUAAAGUAAAUAUGAAGUGAAGGGCCUGACCUGUUGAAUAUUUUAUAAGUAACUUUCUGGGAAAAAAAAAAAAAAAAUCAUUAUUUUGCUUGUUGGGCCCAUUGGAAAUGUUGAUGAAUUUCAUUCAUUCAAAUGUUGAAUGUCAUUUGACUCCGACAGAACAAAAUUCCUAUUGAAAGAAAGGCGACAGCCAUCAGAGGAAACUGUGGUGCUUUUCACAAUGAACAUUAUUUGCUGAGCUUUUUCCAACCUGAUUCCGCACAUGUCUCUAUAGUAGUUUAAGUACAAUACUUUGUUACUGACCAAUGUGUUUUUACUUUUUUUUUUUUUAAUCCUUUGAGAAAUACAAGCAUGUUUUUCUACAUUAGCUGAAGAAGCUGAAGUUUUAAACAUGAAAUGAUUUUUAAACACAAACACUUAUAAAAAUAAUCUAAAAUUGGAUUAACCUUUCAGAUUAACCUUUAAGUUAAGGCUGAUAAUGUUCAGUGUGAAACACCAGCACAGAGCUGACAGAAAGCACUGAUUCCCAUCUCUAAUAUCCACACGCUGCGCACGCACCAUAUGACCUAUGUGGAAGAUUGAUCACGGCUCGAUUAAGCUUAGAUUUUGACAUCGAUGUAAAUUUGUGUCUCCGAAACUUAAAUCUCCCACUGCUGUCAUAUCCAGUAACCAGCCUGUAACACAAGGUGGUCUCAGAAAGCAGUUAAUGCAUAUGAAGGCAUUUUAAUGUAAACAUUAACCUGAACAGGGACGAGAGAGAGGUCACGGUAACUCACUCAGCUACGUACAUCUUCCAAACAUGACCUGAAAUGUACAGAACAGUACGAGACGCCAUUUCCAGGGCAACUCAAAAGUAAAGUAUUUCUGUAUUGUAUAUAUUUUUUUUUAAUUUUAUAUGCACUCCUUUGAAGUGGGAUGGGGCAUUAAAAAAAAAAAAAGUCUUGAAUUUCCCCCCCCCCCCCAUCU